CUACUUUAUUUUGUUUUGUAUUUCAUUAAUCUGCUCUUAUUUUGUUCCAUCUGCCUUUUUUGGUUUUAUUAUUCAUUUUUUAACUUCCUGAGAUGGAUGUUUUCCAAAUCAAUUUUCAACUUCCUUUCUAUUUUAAUAUAUGCGUUUAAGGCGCUACAACUUCCCUCUAUAUAUGUGUUAAAAUCUCCAGAUCCAAUUAUGAGUUUGGAUCUUUCUCUUCAUGGUUAUGUCAGUUUUCACUUUAUAAAGUAUGAGCUGAUUAUUAGUUUCUGGUAAUUUGAAACUUUAUCACUAUGAAGUGUCCUUCCCUAUGUCAAGUAAUGCUUUUUCCCCCUCAAAGUUCACUUGGUCCAAUAUCAAUAUUACAAAUUUUAUAAUUACAGAAAUAACUUGAGACCUAUGAUGUUGAUAUCUGUCUCUAGAAAGGAUUUUCACUUGCUUCUGCAGGGGUUGGAAGAUACUAACAAAACAGGUUCAGCUUUACACAAUUUCAGGAAUUGAGGUGUUUUGAUGUUUGACUUCAGUCUCUGCCAAAGAAAGCCCAUUUUCCUUCUCUCAUUCCAAUGGUGAAACUCUUUAGGGUUUACCAGGAAGCCUCUGUGGCUGAUAAUGCAUUUAUGUCGCUUUAGCCCCUUGAACACAUCCAAAUUGCUGCUGAGCUUGUAAGCCUUUCAAUGAACGGAAUCUACACCCUUCUAAGGUCGACUCAGAAGAAUAGCAAGACAUUUGCCGGAGACCUCCUCAGAGAUUCUGGGAAGUGAAAAACCAGGGGCAUUGGGCACCUCCCCAUCAGGGGGCGAGGCUUUGUCCGUUUUCCGCUGGGACUUUGGGGGGAAAUGUAGUCCAGGAGGGUGGUACUGUAGCAGGGCACCAACACUCCCCUUGCAUUCUGGGACAUGUAGUCCAAUACUCCGUGUAGUCCCAUAUACUGCUACACUGAUGCCGCGUUGUAAACGUUUCCCCGCGGGAUCCUGGGAAAUGUAGUCCAGGCCCUCCAGGUAGUCGCAGGCACUUCCGCCGCAGGACGACAGCGUAGCAGCCAUCUUUUGCUUGAGCGUGGUGUUUCAGGUCCGCUCUUCACGUCGCAUUCAAACAUCCCCGAAAUGCGCCUGGUGCCAACGUUUGCCUACUUUUCAUUUGGGGGGGAAGGAGGAGAAGAGGCUAAAAGCGGAGCCGUGACUUCUCAAAAAGCACUGUACGGAGGAAGAGGCAACAGAGCCCCAGUUGCUAAGAAAUUAAGAAACCCUGACGGUGGUGUUCUCAGAGCUUUCUACCUUACAACAAUCUCAUGAGGUGGAUACCAUUGUUCUCCCCCACUUGCUAGAUGACAGAAUUGAGGACUCUGCACUUCCCCAGAAGGAGAGAGAAAAUGAGCAUGUUCAAGGAGGCAGUGACCUUUAAGGACGUGGCUGUGGCCUUCACAGAGGAGGAGCUGGGGCUGUUGGACUCGGCCCAGAGGAAGCUGUACCAGGAUGUGAUGGUAGAAAACUUCCGGAACCUGGUCUCAGUAGAAGAAAACAAUCAAAGUGAGUUGAGGGCCGUUCAAGACAGAGGAUCACAUGAAGAGCUUUCCUGCUGGCAGAUUUGGCAACAAAUUGCAAAGGACUUAACCAGAUGUCAAGACUCCAUGAUAAAUAGUUGUCAGUUCCACAAACAAGGUGAUUCCCCUUACCAGGUUGGGGCAGGACUCUCUAUUCAGAUUUCCAAAGAUGAGAACUGUAUAUUAAAUGAUAAAGUGGGUGAUCCCAGUGGUACUGGAAAUCCAAGAUUUGCAACUUGGGGAGCCCAGGAUUCUUGGAGGACAGCUUCCUGGACUGAGUCACAGAAUUAUCAGAGUAGACACCAGCAAAUUUCCCUGAAAAAUAAAAUGUGUUGGUGUAAAGAGGAUGUUGACACCAUCAGUUGGAUUUCACAUCACCUUGAUGCUCAUGGAGUACACAAGGGUGAAAAAUCUUAUAGCCACAAUGAUGGUAGAAAAGACAGCACAAGGGUUUCAACACUGGGUCAGAAUAGUAUAAUUCACACAGGACAAAAACCUUACCAGUGUAAUGCAUGUAAAAAAACCUUCACGGAUCUUGCCCCCUUUGAUCUUCACCAGCAAUUACACUCAAAGGAGAAGUCUCAUAUGUGCAGUGAGUGUGGAAAAGGCUUCCAUUAUAGCUCAGUUCUUCAUGUUUAUCAGAGAGUUCACAUGGGAGGGAAACGCAGUAAAUGUGAUGAGUGUGGCAAGGCAUUCAGUCAGAGCUCACAGCUGCAAACUCAUCAGAAAGUCCACACCAUGAAGAAACCAUUUGAAUGUGAGGAAUGUGGGAAAGGCUUCAGUCGUAGAUCAGCACUUACUGUUCAUUGUAAAGUCCACACAGGAGAGAAACCUUAUAAUUGUGAGGAGUGUGGGAGGGCCUUCAGUCAGGCCUCUCACCUUCAGGACCAUCAGAGAGUCCACACUGGGGAGAAACCAUUCAAAUGUGAUGCAUGUGGGAAGAGCUUCAGUCGGAAUUCACACCUUCAGUCCCAUCAGAGAGUCCAUACGGGAGAGAAACCAUACAAAUGUGAGGAGUGUGGAAAGGGCUUCAUUUGUAGCUCAAAUCUGUACAUUCAUCAGAGGGUCCACACAGGAGAAAAACCCUACAAAUGUGAGGAAUGUGGAAAAGGCUUCAGUCGGCCUUCAAGUCUUCAGGCCCACCAGGGAGUCCACACUGGAGAGAAAUCAUACAUAUGUAAUAUGUGUGGUAAAGGCUUUACUCUGAGUUCAAACCUUCAAGCACAUCAAAGAGUCCACACAGGAGAGAAACCAUACAAAUGUGAGGAGUGUGGGAAGAGCUUCAGGAGGAACUCCCAUUAUCAAGUUCACCUGGUCGUCCACACUGGGGAGAAACCCUAUAAAUGUGAAGUAUGCGGGAAGGGCUUCAGUCAGAGUUCAUAUCUUCAAAUCCAUCAGAAGGCCCAUAGUGUAGAGAAACCUUACAAGUGUGGGGAGUGUGGGCAGGGCUUCAAUCAGAGUUCACGACUCCAGAUCCACCAGCUGAUUCAUACUGGUGAGAAACCACACAAAUGUGAAGAGUGUGGGAAGGGCUUCAGUCGUAGAGCAGAUCUUAAAAUUCACUGCAGAAUCCACACCGGAGAGAAACCGUAUAGUUGUGAAGAGUGUGGGAAAGUCUUCAGGCAGGCCUCAAAUCUUCUGGCCCAUCAGAGAGUCCACAGUGGAGAAAAGCCAUUCAGAUGUGAAGAGUGUGGGAAGAGCUUUGGUCGGAGUUCACACCUUCAAGCCCAUCAGAAGGUGCACACUGGAGAAAAGCCUUACAGAUGUGAGGAGUGUGGGAAGGGCUUCAAGUGGAGCUUGAACCUUGACAUGCAUCAGAGGGUCCACACAGGAGAGAAACCGUAUAAGUGUGGGGAGUGUGGGAAGCACUUCAGUCAGGCUUCAAGUCUUCAGCUUCAUCAGAGCGUCCACACUGGAGAGAAGCCGUACAGAUGUGACAUGUGUGGUAAAGUCUUCAGUCGGUCUUCACAGCUACAGUCUCAUCAGAGGGUUCACACAGGGGAGAAACCUUACAAGUGUGAGACGUGUGGUAAGAGCUUCAGUUGGCGCUCCAAUCUAACAAUUCAUCACAGAAUGCACACUGCUGACAAAUCCUAUAGAAGUGAUAGGGGUGGUAAGACCAUCAGAGAGUCCACACAGGAAAAAAGUUCUAUAAAAUGAUUUAAAAAAAAAAGUGUCAUGUGAAUUCUUCCAAUCAUCAAGUUCAAAAGAAAAAAAAAAUCAUUUGUUUCAUUAAAGUCAGUGUUUUAGCAUUAGCCCAACGUGUCCCAGUAGUCAGGAGGUCACACAGCAGAGAACCCUUAUAAAUGGUACAGUAAGGGCUUCAGUUUGAACUUUGACCUUUAUUAAAUAUUACUCAGGGGAGAAGCCUUAGUAUAAGUUUUAUUAGGCCUUGUACAAAAGUAUGAUGGACAUGCCAAAGUUAAUGCCCUUUAGAAAGUAAGU